GGGAGCCUCUCUCAGUCGCUAGACGUUCGUGUUAGGUUCUAUUACGUUAGUUUUCAAACGGGCUGGCCAGGGGGCGACGAACGUGGUCGUUCGACGGAGAAGUUUGUUGUCUCGUCCAUUCGCAGACUGUAAAAGUAAAAGAAAAUGCCGACCGUGUUUCUUUUGGACGUCUCUCUCUCCAUGACCAGGCCGAUUACCGUGCCGGACAGCACCGAGCCCUAUCAGCUGCGUCACUUGGCCAUCCACGGAUUGAACUUCAUGAUAGAUUACAUGAGUACGAACACGAAAUUGGAAUUUUCGGCUUUGAUGGUCUUUUCAUCACUCUGGGAAUUAGUUGUGCAGUUUACUAGAGAUUUUGAGAAUUUAAAGACUGAAUUAAUGAAAGUGGAUUGUUAUGACAAAACAGAUAUAGUAAGAGCAUUAAUUGGAGUUAGAGACAUAAUUUUAGAGGAAUGGGGUGCGACUAUGCCUUGUCAGGUAAUAUUAAUAACAGAUGGCAAUGUAGGGAUUGGUACCACUUCGCUUAAAUAUGCAUUGGAAAAGUAUUACAGCAAAGACAUCGAAAGCCAGGAUAAACUGUUGCCUUUACCAUUUCCAUUUCCGUGUAAACUGCACGUUGUGUGUAUCUCUGAUGUCGUUCACCAACAUACCAUAUCAUUUUAUCAGAAACUUAUUGAUAUUGGCGGAGGAGGAGGACAAGUAUUUGUUCCAGAGGGUCAGCUUAGUUUUAAAUCUGUUCAGCAAGUAUUUCACAAACUAACAGAAAUGUAUUAUAAACCGUUCCAAGGAAACCUUUAUUGUGGAAAUCUCAAAUCGCUCGUAUCCUUGUCGCCCGCUCCGGAAAGCUACAGUAAGGCGCGGGAUUUCGAAUGGAUAAAAACGGAAGUUUUCACCGAUAUCGUCAUAUGCGGUUUCUUGGAUAUCGCCGACGUUGCUAGUCCACCAGUUCUUUCUAGACAUUUGGUAUUACCAAUACCACCUGCUAAAGAAGAAACGAAGUUAACUGUUAAACCAGAAAUCGAAUCGGGACUAGAAGAUGAAUCAAUGUCUAAUGAUGAAGGAAAACAACCUUCUUUCUGUGUUUUGCUUCAUGGAAGUUUAAAAGUUGAAAGUAUGGUAGCAUUAUGCCAAUUAAGGGCAGAUUGGUAUGGAAUGUUAUAUUCUUGGGCAGACAGCAAGAAAAAGUCAAAUUUAAUGUUGUCGACAUUCGAACCAGGUCUAGACGUCAUUCCCUGGCUGGGAAAUAUUCAGAAUCUCGGACCGAUAAGUCUGGCCAAUCAAAACGGAGACGAAAUUAUUUCUCUUCCUCUUAAACCUUCGGAAAAGAGAAGUUACGCGCAGAAUUGCGUGGUUUGGAUCAAACAAACGGGUCUUCAGGCGGACAUCCAGAAAAUAUUAAGACACGCCAGAAAAUUGCCGGAGAAAACUCAGAAUUUCUACAAGGAAUUGAACAGACUCCGAAGAGCGGCGCUGUCUUUCGGUUUCUACGAGCUGCUGGAGGGGAUGGCCACCAUCCUGGACCGGGAGUGCACCCUGCUGCCCGGUUCGGCCCACCCGGACGCCGCCCUGCAACUGACCCACGCCGCCACCAAUCUGAGAGGACUGGCGGGAAGAGACUACGGCGUGCCCAUCGUGCCCAUGAGGACCAAGUUCAGCAUCGACAACUGACCUUCCUCCGUAAAUACCGGCGCUUUUUAAUUAAUAAACCUUUUAUUUAAUUAAAACUAACAUUUUCUUCCGUUGUAAUAACAAUACGGUAUUUAGUCUUUACCCUUUGCCGAGGUGUAGCGCGUCGGACUUGGUCUUCCGCUUAAACCCAAGUAAGUUUUAGUUGUUUUUUCCGAUCGGGACGUCGGACGUUAACGGAUUUCCGCGACAUUAACGAUUUGGGACGAAAAAGACGUUGUUCCGACUCGUAGCGAUGCGCGAAGGCGGAAAUAUUUAAGAAAGGAACGAUAGGCUUUCCGGUUCGCCCGCGCGGGUCGACUAAAUUCUUAAAUCGUAAUCGUUUUAACAUUUAACCCACCUUCCGGUAAACGCGAUCCACCCGUACCGGGCAAAACGUAUUUAUCUUUUAAGAAUCGAGCGCCGGCAUCUACAUUCGCAUUACGGCGCCCGUAGCCGGAACCGCUUUUAUGGUAUUUUCCGGCUUUAUUGGUUAAAAAUGCAAACGAGUUACAUUUAUUGACAGACGCCUUACUUACGAACGAAUGAUUUCUUCGUAAGAAAAAUACGAUAACGUUUAGAACGGAAUGCCGUAAGAUCGUGAAUUAUCACUAAAGUGAAAUAUAAGGCCGCUUAUAAGUCCAUAUUUUCUCGCCCUAAAAAUACUUCUGGAAGUCUUUUCUGUCUACCAACUUCUACAAUUCCAAAGUUACCUCGGAUCCGAAAACCAGAAAUCGUAAUUGGGCGAAACUUCCGUUAACGGACACUCCGGCAUUUUUACAAUCUCGUAUUAUAUUUACUUGUAAAUAGCGGACACUUUAAAUAACCGACCCCGUCGUCCGUAACCCGCCUUCGAUAUUCCGAAAGAGCGAAUUACGUAAGAAAUAUUUCGAAACUAAAAGAAUCUGUUCGAGUACUCUUUCGGAAGACGAAUUUCGAUGGUAGAUGUUGGUUACAACGACGCUAAACGAAGAUUUCGACCCGGUGGUUCGUCCGGAAACCGUCCGCCGUGUCGGUUGCGGAGCGAGAGUAGCCGGAAGAAAGCCGUAUACUGUAUAAGCAAGAUGAAUCGAAUGGAAGAUCGUAUAAAUAAAGAUA